GGCUGGCAGGCUGGGGGCCGGGAGAAAGGAAGGGGCUGUGAUGUCAGCGGGGAGGCUCGUUUACCUCCCUGACCCGGGCAGAAGGCACUGCGAGGCUGCCGGAGAGGGCGCCCGGGACUGGCGGCCGCCGGAGCUCAGGAUGUCUUCCUGAACCCUGAUUGGCAUUUCUGACAGUUCUUGGACCACUGGAGUCUUCUCAGCAGAACAUCGAUCAGGGAGACCAAGAGCUAAGUCCCGGGGCCUAGGAAAAAUCCCUGAGCUCCGAGGGAAUAGCCCGAGGCAGAUGAUGGCCACUAAGCCGGAGAAGAGGAUGGCCUCCUCCAUCUUCAUCACCCUGACUCCCCCUCGCCGGGACACAGCCACAGUGGCCGAGGGGAAGCAGCCGGCCAGUUCCAGCCGGGCCAGGGAGCCUGCCUCGCCCAAGAAGCCCCCCAGUGACUUUCUCGUGAACAGACGGGACCCGCGCAUCCCCAGCAUCCCUGCCUCUGCCCCGCCGCCACCCGUUCUUCUGCCUAAUGGAGGCUCAUCCCUCCCUCCUCCAGCUCCAGAUCCUGAGGACAACUUUCCUGAUCUGGAUCUCCUCCCUCCUCCACCACCCCCUCCAGCCUUCCUGCUGCCACCAGAUGAGGAGGCUCUCGCCCAGGGAGCAGAUUCACUCUUGGAAGACCUACAGCAGCUGCAUGUGGUCCCUCCACCUCCCCCUUCACAGGUCCUUCCUGAGUCCCGCCAGCUCAAGCCCCGGCCCAAUCACCUCAAGGGGGCACAGGAAGAGCUGCCGCCACCUCCUGAAGAGCCAAACCGCAUCCCAGCCAGGGAGGAGUCUACAGACAUCUGUGCCUUCUGCCACAAGGUAGUGUCCCCCCGGGAGCUGGCUGUGGAGGCCAUGAAGAGACAGUAUCACGCCCAGUGUUUCACGUGCAGGACCUGCCACCGACAGCUGGCGGGCCAGCGCUUCUACCAGAAGGAUGGGCGGCCCCUCUGUGAGUCCUGUUAUCAAGACACUCUCGAGAAGUGUGGCCGGUGCCAGACGGUGGUCCAAGAACACGUCAUCCGAGCUCUGGGCCAGACCUUCCACCCAGACUGCUUCACCUGUGUGGUGUGUUCUCGGCGCAUUGGGGAUGAGAGCUUUGCCUUGGAUGAGCAGAAUGAAGUUUAUUGUUUGGAUGACUUCUACAGGAAAUUUGCCCCCGUAUGCAGCAUUUGUGAGAAACCAAUCAUCCCCAGAGAUGGAAAGGAUGCAUUUAAAAUCGAAUGCAUGGGACGGAAUUUCCAUGAAAACUGCUACAGGUGUGAGGAUUGCAGGAUCCCGCUGUCCGUUGAGCCCACAGACCAAGGCUGUUACCCGUUGAACGACCGCCUCUUCUGCAAACCAUGUCACGUCAAGCGCAGUGCGGCAGGAUGUUGCUGAAGGCGCUACACGGGCACCUGGCCCCAGUCUCAGAAAUGAGCAUUUGUGAUGGCUCCUGCCUGGAGGCCCUUCCCAUGUCCUUGCCAACCUCAGUUUCCCUUCUUCACCUACUGUUGCAGAAGCUAUCCUAAGCCCCAGGGAGCCCCCCAUCUGCAGGAAUACCAGAGAGACCUGAAAAGAGUGAUGGGAACUCCCUUCAAUCUUGAAACUUAUGUCUCUAGCUUGAGAGAAAGCAGCAUGGUAUCAAUGAAUCAUCAAUAAAAAUUUGUUAAGCAAAUACUAUGUGCCUGGCACUGUGCUAAGCACUGGGGUUCCAAAAAGAAGCAAAAGACAGCCCUUGCCCUUGAGGACUCACAAUCUAAUUGGAAGAACCCUGGCUUAGGAGAUGAGAGACCUGGCUUCAAGAUCCAGCUCUGCCACUUAGCUGUGUGACUAUGGACAAAGCCCUUCAUCUCUCUAGUCCUUAGUUCCCUCAUCUGUAAAAUGAAGGGUUUUGACCAGAUUCUAUCUAAAGUCCCUCCUGAGUCUAAAAAGAAAUCUGAUCUUUCCUUUUCCCCCAGGGUGAUGCUGCUCAAGGCAUGAGGAGGACUACCAUAUAUUCACAUUCCCUGUGUAUUAUCUGUUGUUUUAUGGCUCUUACCCUGAAAUGUGGGAUCUUUUCUCCAUGAGAGUUUGGUUGUCUCAAUCUAUUAGGGAAG